UGAAACAUUGAUAUGUUGGAAAGAUAUUUAUUGGUUCUGUCUUUUAUUGCAGUAAAAAAUAAUAUAUAAUAAGCAUAUAUAACAGGAAGUAGUUUAUAAGUUUUAUAUGAUAAGCAGUGAGACCUUAGAGAUACAAAUAACUUUAUUGAAAUCACAGGAUAAUACAUCCUCACUUCCUCUGGUGUGUGUGUGUGUGUGUGUGUGUGUGUGUGUGUGUGUGUGUCUCUCAACGCACUCUCAGGCUUGCUCCUCUUAGCUCCGACUUCUCCCUUUAGCCCCGCCCCUCUCUCUUUUGGUUCUCAGGCUCUGUUGCUGCAGCAACCAGAGGUGCGCACACAAGAAAAAGGUGUACCAGGGCCUCGACAUCAUCACCAAUAAGGUGACGGCUGAGGAGCGCACCCAGUGCAGACAUCACAUGAUCAGCUUUGUGGACCCGUUGGUCAGCAGCUACACGGUGGUGGACUUCAGGAACAAAGCCCUGGCUCUAAUUGAUGACAUGCACAGCAGAAACAAACUGCCGGUCGUUGUUGGAGGAACAAACUAUUACAUUGAGUCUCUGCUGUGGAGAGUCCUGCUGAACACAGCGCAGGAGAUCGAGGAGCCAGUGGACGGAGGAGAUGAGGCUGCAAACAGGAAGUUGGAGCUGGAGAAACUGGGAGGAGCCGAGUUACACAAACGACUGGCGGAGGUCGACCCCAAAAUGGCAGCCAUGUUGCACCCCAAUGACAAACGCAAGAUAGCCAGGAGUCUUCAGAUCCACGAGGAGACGGGCGUCUCUCACAGCCGCUGGCUGGAGGAGCAGAGGGGGCAGGAGGGAGGCGAUGGUCUGGGGGGGCCGCUGAGAUACCCAGACCCCUGCAUCUUCUGGCUGCACGCCGACAUGGACGCUCUAGACAAGCGGCUGGAUGCUCGAGUCGAUGAGAUGUUGUCUGCUGGACUCGUAGAGGAGCUCAGAGACUUCCAUGUCCGCUACAAUCAGCAGAAAGUCCAGGACGACAGUCAGAACUACCAACAUGGGGUUUUCCAGUCGAUCGGUUUUAAGGAGUUUCAUGACUACCUGACCGCUCCUGAAAGCAGCAGCCAGCAGGAGAAAGACGCACUCCGAGACAAAGGUAUAGAAGCUUUGAAGAUUGCUACGAGACGUUACGCCCGCAAACAGAAUAAAUGGGUCCGUAACCGCUUCCUUAAACGACCAGGAGACAACGUGCCAGUGGUGUAUGGCCUGGAUGUGACGGACGUGUCGAGGUGGGAGGAGACGGUGCUGAACCCUGCACUGCAGAUACUGGACAGUCUCAGCAAGAGCGAGGAGCCAGAUCUUCAGCCAAUCAGAGUCGAGGGGGAGCAGCAGAGGAACAAGCGGAGCCGCCACGCAUGUGACCUGUGUGACAAAGUGAUCAUCGGGGACCUGGAGUGGACAGCUCACCUGAAGUCCAAAAAGCAUCACUAUCAUGUGAGGAAGAAGAGGAAGUCUGAUCCAGCCGGAGACCAAUCACAGGUUACCGCUGCACCUCCCGCCUCUGCUGCAGGGAUUGUGGAAAACGUCUCUAAGGACUCUUGUGCUCCUGUUGCCCCGGGCUGCACUGAAACCUCUCAGGAGUCGUCCCAAGACGUCAGGACAUCGCACAAGGAAGUACCUGUGACAUUUUAAGAGUGAUGCAGACUCUGGACUACGUACGUUCAGGUUUCCACCACUGUCCUGCACUCACGGCUGUCCCCUUCCAGCCCUUUACAGGGCUACUUUUGUUGCUUCCAAUAGAGUCGAAUUGAACUGUAUUUCCUCUUUUCUUCUUCCUAGGAAUUAAUAACACUGAAUGUGAAAAGCAAAGAACGCAUUUGAAAAACUGCUGAAUAUUUUUAUAAACUUUCAUUCGUAGUUGCUCCGAGUAUGGAUCCUUGAAGCGUUUUAUUUUGUAGUAGAUGUAAGAGGUGGGCGUUAUUCUGGUUUCAUCAACGUCACCGGUGUGACAAUCGCCCACGACGUGGAUUUUGCAAUACAGUCUUUACCAUGACAAGCACACACACACGUUUUGGCUGCUGGUGCCUGCCAUCAACACAUCGUUUACACUGUAUAUUUUUGCUGAGAAGAAAUAGGCGACAUAUGCCGAAUUUUUAGAUGAGCCGCCCCCAGCCGAGCCGUGCUGCUCACGGUCCCUGUGAGUUUGUUUUGUUUACCGUACUGGUCCAACAGCGUCGACUCUUUCCUCCUGUGGGUUAAAAUGUAGAAGGUUAUGUCAUCUUUCUCGGUUUCUUCAGAGAUUUGUAUUCUUUUAGGUGGAAUGUGAUUCCCAGUUUGGCUUCGGCGAAAAAAACUUUUCAAUAUUAAAACAGUAAAUAUGUGAAAAAAAAGCUCCCAAUGAAUCACAUUAGAUUUACAUGAGGCAGGCGACUCCUCCCCCAAAACACAUAUUAGCAUUAGAGUGAAAAUUGGGUGAAUAAUAAUGUUUUGAGUGGAGUAUGCCUUUUAUUUUUCUAACACUGAUGUAUACCGUCAUAAUUAUACAUAAAACAUGAAACGGGUCAUAUCGCCCACACCUGGUAGAGAUGUUGAUGGUCAGGACAUUUCAAGAUUCUGGACUCAAGAGGAUAAAUUAGGCUCUCUUGUUUUUUUUCCCCGCACUGCUUAUUAUAAAAGAGGUUUAUUUUGAAAUCAACGUUCAUACUGUUGCUACCUUCUGUUUUGACUGUUAGCUUUUCAUGGUUUAAGUCUCUUUGUCUUGUCUUUAACUUGAACCAUCAUGCACUUUAAAAAAAAAAAAAAUAAACCAAAGGACCUUAAAGUUUCUUAACCAAUGGCGGAUUAACGGUGUGUGUUUUACAAAACAGGAUUUGACAUCAGCAGCAGUUCUACCUUCACGUCCGUCAGCGGCGUGCUGCUUACACAGCACAAAGUGUGCGGCCACCACGUUUGACCGUCGUUCUGUUUUUCUAUCUCUCUGUGCGAUAACAACCAGUCGCCUGAUUUCUGCUGUUGUGUCACAGCGGCUCAGCUGAGCUCAUUGCUGCUCUGACGGUAGUUUGAACCGGCGGCUCGGGCUGUGAGGAGAGUGAGAGAGUGUUUUCACAAGCGCUGUUUGCAGGCCUUUGUUUAUCCAGCGGCGUGUCAGGCCAAGGUGUGCCUUCCCCGCUGCUAAACCACUUACACAAUACCUGGCAUUGGGCCAGAUGCCUCUUUUGGCGCUCCUUUUCCCUUUCCUCAUCUGCCACCCCCCCUCAAAGAAUCAGACAAUUGUUUCACAUUCCCGGCUAACACUCCAUCAUCUCUUUCUUAAAGUUUCUCCGAGUCUUAGAUGUAUUCUUUCAGUUCGACUUCUGUUCACAGGCUCCCAGUGUUUGACCUCAUCCACAUGACUGAAAAUAUUUCCAGCCAUAUAAUAGCUGGAAGUGUGUGUGUGUGUGUGUGUGUGUGUGUGUGUGUGUGUGUGUGUGUGUCCCACAUUCUCUCUUUCUCGUUCUCUUUCAAACUGGGUCAGGCCUCCAGCUUACUGGAGGCUUACCAUACAGUAUGUAGUAACACCGAUGGCAAAGGUCACCGUGCAACUGGUGUCUGUUUUUUAUUCCCCUUUCUGUGUUUGGAUUCUGGUUUGUUUUUCUUUCCUUCUUUGUUAUAUUUCCCCUACUGUGAUUCAUUUUUGUACUUCUAUCACCUCUGGAAUAACAGCAACAAUGAGAGUGAUCUUUGAGUCAGAGGACUUGCCACUAUCAUCUGAUACACCUUUUUAAAAACAUUUUCUAAAGCAUCAUUUUGUGUGGUAUGAUCUUAUCUCGAUUGCCUCGGCGAGUCCGGCCUGGCACCUCCAGGCACUGCUGAAUCACUCCACAUUUAAAAAAGAAAACAAUGUCAUAAGGCCUCUUGAACUGCGCACUCGCAGAAGUGGAGAACUAGGGCAGCGUCCACGGUCACAAAGCUAAUUAGUGAUUUACGCGCCGAGAUGCGGUAGAUCAUCUAUGGACACACACACAUGCACUGAGUGAACUCAUUAGCUCCAGACAGUGAGCACAAAGAAUCAACACACCAGACCAGCUUUGAAAUGGGAAACCAGCAACAAUGGCCUCCCUCAGACACUCACAAAUAAGUGCUCUAGAAGUGCAGUUUUGUUUUGCUUUCUUGAAGGUUUGAUUUGAUGACCGCUGAGCAGAGUGUGUGUUUCUUUUUUAUAUGUAUAGCUGCAUCAGUCAGCGAGCCGCGCGAUAAUUCACCCAGUUCUAGCGCUCCAUUUCUGUCUCUCCCCUUCUCUCAGUUCUGUCCUCCCUACAGCGGCUAGCUGGAUAUGUUCACAGUGCACACUCUGUCCGAUGGAUGAGGCCCACGGUGGGGGAACUACAGGCUUACUUAUGUAGCACAUGCUGCAGCCUAUAGAUGCUUGUUGUCUGUGUCAGGCAUGUUUGCCGUGGGGUUUUUGCCCUCUGGUACUGGCUUCGCUGCACAUACUGCAUCCAGUGUGUGCUGCAAAUUCAUGCCUUUGACUAGACGUCACUUUUUCUAUGCAUCAUCUUGACAUUGAUUUGUGAGGCAUCACCAGUUUGUAUCAUGAUGGAUGAAUGGUUGUGAUGUUUGGGGGAUUUACUACUGAAACAGGAAUUUAUUUGUUUUUAUUUUUAAAUAGAAAAACUGUCACGUUAGCUGCUUUGUGCGUUUUGAUUUAGUGUAAUAAUGCUGUACGUUAAAUACCUUUAAGCUGUGGUCUGUAUACAUGGUGCCCAGAGGACAAUUUUGUUAACUUUGAUUUGACCCUCUAACGUUUCCUCUUGCACCACCAUCAGGUCCGACUAAUAAGUUUGUCCAAAACUGUAGUUUGUGACCAAAUACCUGCCAAACUAAGGGCAUUCCCAUCAGCAACUUUGGGUUUAAUGCUACUGUAACUCGACAAUGUUAGCAUGCUAACACGACAAACUAAUAUUGUUGACAUGGAAAACAUUUUACCGGCAAAAUAUGUUAGCAUUGUUAUUGUUAGCAUGCUGACAUUAGCAUUUAGCUCAAAGCACCCCUGUGUCUAAGUAUCGCCCCACAGAGCUGCUAGCAUAGCCCCAGAUGUUUGGUUUGGGUUAUAUUUUAAAGACUAAAUGUUUAAAUUGGAAACAUAAUCAACAGAUUAAUGAUGGAAAUUAACUUUAGUUUCAUAUCUAAUUUGAUCUUUAAUGCUAUUAAAGGAAAUAUUUGACAUUUUGGGUUAGAUAAGAUAGAUAAGAGGCUCGACUCCAUUCUCUUUUGUGUACAAUAUAUGUUUAGCUACAGCUAGGUUAGCUUAGCAUAGCAUAAAGACUGGAGAGGGCAGGGCAGCUAGCCUUUUUUUUGUUUAACAAACAAGAUAUAUAUCGUGUUAGUUGAUGAGCAUUAGGAGGUGCUGGUAGGAGGAUUUUGUUACCUUUGGACGGAGCCAUGCCAGCUGUUUCCUUCUGUUUACAGCCUUUAUGCUAAGCUAAGUAGCUUUAUAUGUACAUACAGAUAUCAGAGUGAUAUCAGUUUUUCUCGUAAAACUCUUGAAGAGAAAGCAAAUUUGUGUCAACCUAUUCUUUUAAGGAAUCCAUCAAUGCUACAUGGUGUAUUUAUAAGAAUAAAUUCAACUUGAAUUUACUCUAAUGCAACAUGUUGGGGUCUUUUUGUUUGUUUGUAUGCUACUAAUGCCAAUCACACUCUGAUGUUGAACUUGCAGAGCCCUGCUCUGCUGUAGUUGUGUCAUCCAGUGACUGUGUGUCUAGGUAAUUUGAAGUCAACUUAAUCCUAAUCUCUAAUCCCAUUUGACUAAACAUUCCCUGCCAUAUGGCCCUGGCGAGACACACAAAAAAAAAGACACACACGCAGGCAGACUAAUCAGAUAGAGCAGCAGCUGUGGUCGAAGACGCUGUUGACUGGACUACCACGAACAAAAACAACGUUAUUUAUGAUUAAUAUCAGCUGUGUUAAUGUGGUCUGAACAUGUUUACAGAUAAUACAGAAGGACAAAUAUUUGGCAGAAUACUAGACACCACACGGUUUUAUAAUCUCAGAGUAGAAGUAUGUGGAACGCAAAGGACUUGGUUAAGAAUGUGUAACUUCUGUCUCCGUAAACAAGACGGUGACGAGCAAAAGGUCAACUAUCAGGAUGCCAGCUAUUGUGGGCAUGAAUUUAUUUGAUCUUUAUCUCAAGUACAGAGACUACAGAGUGCUGUUAUUAGUGCUCAGUAGCAUUAGUUCCUCGUUUAUUGUCUUUUAAAGAUGUGUGUGUGUGUGUGUGUGUGUGUGUGUGUGUGUGUGUGUGUGUGUGCGCGUGCGCGCACAUAUGAGAGGAGUCUGCUUUUUUGUUGUUGCAUGUUUCAUAUUUGCAAUGCACUGACUAGUGCUAGUGGGCGUUUGUGGUUAAGUGUAAUAGUUGUGUGUUUGUAUUUAUAUGCAUUAUGUAUUACACACACGGCCAGAGCUGCACACUGAGGGAUGAGUGUGUAUCAGCACAGGAGACGAUGUUUUUGUGAUGUUUCAAUGCGAUCAGAUGUAGCCUAUGCAUCCGGAGCCAAGUGCAGACCAUCAUUUAUUUAUGUGUGUGUGUGUGUGUGUCUGUAGAGACACUCGAGGUUCAGUGAGUUUAUGCAGCUCCCUCCUUCUCUUUUCGUCUCGCUGUCUGGCUACUGGGGUGGCCGCUGUAUACGAAAAACACGACAGAAGGAUGAGGAGAGGAAGAGAUGUGAUCAGAUGUGAAAAGCCUCUAAGGAAAGUGUCAUAGGUGCAGUGUAUGCAUGGCUUCCUAUAGUCUCUCUCUCUCUCUCCCUCCCCCCUGCAUAUUUCCUGCCCGGUUAUGUAAUGCGGGGGCCGCUCGGUACUUUUUUUUUCCCUUCUUCUUCUACCCUUCCCAAUCCAGAGCAUGACAUGCCUUCCUGUUUUUCCAACAACCCAGUGAACUCUUUUCCCAGGGCAACACUUAGGAGGGUGCGUGCGCACGCACACACACAUAUACAUACACACACACACACACACACACACAGUAUCGUCACGUAUUGUAAGUAAUUUGCUUAUUUUAGCCAAAGCUUCUUACCCCGGAUGUAUUGUGUCUGGUGGGCCACAUUAAUGUCAUUGUCUCACUGUGUGUGUGUGUGUCAUCUGCCUUCAUAUCAUAAUACAUCCUCUCUUCAGUCCUGAUGUCAAUUUCUUCUUUAAUUUAUCUGUGUGUCCACUUUGGCAAGGAGAAAUGGGUGUGCCAGUCCAAUGACAAACAAUGCAGCCCAACUGCCAGAUGUGUGUGUGUGUGUGUGUGUGUGUGUAAGCAUGCUUGUGUGUUCAUUUUAUUGCAUGUGUGCAAUGCACUCUCUGCAGUGGACUGUGUGUGUGUGUGUGUGUGUUUCUGGGUCUCUCCAUUGUCAGU